AUGAUAAUCCCCUGGGCCAUCCUGGACUCCUGAUGUUCGGCGCCAACACGAUCUCCUCCUCCUCCCUCCUCGUCGCAGGAUUUGCCAAUAAAUAGCAAGAGAGAUCGAUAGAUUAGAUCGAAGUAGAACAGCGGAGAAGGAGAGUAGGAGCGACGGCGACCGCGCGGAGUUGAUUCGAUUCCGGGUGUCGCCGCCGCCGGCCAUGGGGAUAACGCUCGAGAUGAACCGGGUCAUGCCCACCCGGCGGAGGCGGCAGCGCCGUCGCCGCCGGCGAAACCGACACCGCUAUAGAUCAAUUGCUAAAUUGGGUAAAAGGAAAUUCUCACCCUCCCAACAAGAUGAUGAUUCUCAGGGUGCUAAAAGAAUGAAAAAUUCAGGGAUGUUGCUUUCAAAGGACAUCUGGCGCCGUAUACAUUGCCUGAUGCCAAUGCGAGAUGCGGCUCGUGUUGCAUGUGUGUCUCGUGCCUUUCUAAAUUCCUGGUUAUGUUAUCCAAACCUCACCUUUAACAAGGAUACGCUGGGAUUGGAUGAACAUGUUUGUGAGACAGAUUUCAUCAGCAAAGUUGACCACAUUCUUAAAAGACACUCGGGCACUUGUGUGAAGACAUUCAAGCUUGAAGUCCCGUAUGAGCUAGAUGUCUGUGACCAUGUUGAUCGUUGGCUUCAAUUUGCUAUUACACCAGCGAUCGAAGAACUCACUCUUACGCUGUAUGGAACUGCUCAAAAGUACAAUUUCCCAUGCUCACUUCUAUCUGAUGGGAUGGCAGAUUCUAUUCGGAUUCUUGAUCUUGGCCAUUGCGCCUUCUGUCCCACAAUCGAACCUGGUUCAUGGAGAAGCCUUAAAAGGCUAUGUUUGUCUUUUGUGCGUAUCACGGAGGAUGAUUUAGGGUGCCUUCUUUUGAAUUCGUUGGCUCUCGAGGGGAUGGAACUCAGGCAUUGCGAUGAGAUAGUUAGCCUGAAGAUACCUUGCACACUGCAGCAGCUCAGCUAUAUUACGGUUUCAGAAUGCAGCAGGGUGCGAGUUAUAGAGAACAAAGCUCCAAAUGUAUCCAGUUUUUACUUUACUGGAAACAAGGUAAAACUUUCACUUGGAGAGUGGUUGCAAGUGAAGAAACUAAAUAUGCGCAGCUCACGCAUUGUCCGUUAUGCCCGUGCCACUCUUCCAUCCAUGAUGCCAAAUGUUGAAACUCUUUCCAUAGGUUCGCUCCGUGAGGUGUUCAACACACCAAUGCUACCUACCAAAUUCCCCUACCUGAAGUACUUGAGUAUUUCUCUCAUUGGAUUGACCAAUUCGCCAGCUUAUGAUUAUCUCUCUCUAGUUUCCUUUCUUGCUGCUUCUCCUUUAUUGGAGACUUUCUUCUUGGCUAUAUCUCAGCAACAAGCAGAACAGGAAUCGAUAUUUGGAAGUUCCUCACUUAUGAGGCAGAUUCCGGAGCACCGAUAUGAGUACCUCAAGAGUGUGACGAUCAACGGUUUCUGCUCCGCGAAGAGCAUGGUUGAGCUAACAUGUCAUAUUCUUGAGAACGCAGCAUCUCUUGAGCACCUUACUCUGAACACGAACCUUGGCUUGGCUAAUCGUUCUGAACAGAGUCCUGGUAUUCUCAAGGAAGUGCCUAAAGCUCUCUCGGCUAUCCAGAAAUACAUCGCAGGGAAAGUUCCCUCUACUGUUAGAUUAAGUGUUCUGGAUGCUAGUGAAUGAAACGCUAUAGGGCAUCAAUUAUCAUUUUGUGAACCACGCGUCCACGCUCAUUUUGUGCAACUUUUUGAUGAACCACGCUCUGUUUACUAAAUUAUUGGGGUCGUUAAAAGUUUAGUUGGAGUAUGCUUUCUUGGUUACAAUCUUUGUAAGACUUUUGUGGUGUUCUUAUAAUAUAUAAAAUAUAACUGGUGGGCGAAUGCCUGUCAGUUUUCCUGGUCAAAAAAAAGGUGAGUGUUUAGUUCUUCAGUAAUUUAUCAGCAACAAAGCGGGCUGCUAAUAGUGGGUAACUGUGCUGUAAAGUUGUACUGUAAAAUAUAGAUUUUGAAUGACCUGGAGUUCGGUUGGAUGUGUUGUGACUACAAUACUUGUAUGGGUAAAUUUGGCUAAAAUGUUAAAUGUUGCUCACUUUUGUACUUCCA